UUACAUCAUUUAGUUUAUAUUCCUUGUGCUAAAAUAAUUUUAGAUAAUGAAAUUUGGUUAUUUAGUUGCAUUAUAAAAGAUAAGAUACACACCAAACUAUGGAAAUAUUCAAACUCCACCUAAACAAAACGGUUUUGAUCUUAGAUUUAAUAAUCCUGAUUUCAACUUUUCUCCUUCCUUCAAUCAAAUGCUUACUAGACACCAACGAUAAUUUCAAAGGUCCUAAUGAAAAACUUAGCAUAACUUCGGUAUCCUUCCCUCCUUCCUCCUCAGGCGAAGAUAAUAAUUCUCCUCAUCCUUGCUUCUUAUUUGAAGGGAACGUUCAAUUUAUGGUAGCCUACACCGACAAAAUGACGAUGAAGCCCAAGCUCAUCACGUUCGAGCUGCCUUCCGAUUCGGUUCUAAUUUCGGGUAACUGCUCCACCUCCCCUUCUCUUUCGCCAUCUUCCCCAACUAACUUUACACUGCCAAACCCUAAUCUCGUUUCUAUCAGCGCCGUUUUCGAGGCUCGGCCGAUCCGAACAGAUGUGAAACCCUUCGAUUGCGUGUUAGAUUUGAAUUUCAGUGCCUCCGUGAUUUCCAUUAUUAACAAUGUGACCAGCUCACAGAUGGUUAAUCCUCUUAUUUCUGCUACUUACGUGACGCUUGACAAUAUGACCCUUAAUUGCGAUAUUAAGGAAGCUGUCUCCAAAGUCUAUGCCCACCUCUCAGAGCCAAUAAGAUUAACUCCUUUGGGAAAUUCCUUCACUUGUGGCCAAAACAUCGUUAAUUCCAUCUCCAACAAGACGGUAGAAUCUAAUGACACUUAUAAAAAUUUUAGGCACAAUGACCUGAUCACUAUAUCACUUUGGCCGCCAUUUAUUACUAUUUCUUUGAAAGCUUUUAGAGUUCAGGCUUUCCGAUCUCUUGUUGAUUCUGCAGAAAAAUCUGAAAUUAAUAAAAUUGGUGUCAACAAUAGUAAAACUGGUGAUGGUGGUAAUAGCGAUGAUAGGCUGGACAAAUAUUUCGGUCCUGCUGUCCACUGCGAUUCUGACUACCUUCCCUUAUCUCUCGAACCAAACAAUAAAAAGUUUUCAAAAUAUCGGGUUCCAUUUAUUCAAAAUCAUAAUAAUUCUCACCUGGGCAGCGAUGUUAAAACACUGUACGAUUAUACUGGCAAGCAACUUUUGAACAUAGAUCUCGAUUAUUUUACCAGAUAUUCCAACCCGUUUCCUUUUAAUUCAAAUAAUACAACUACCUCGAAUACUACAGCCAGCACUGCUACGACAGGCCUCACCACUACAUCUUCAAUUCCUACUAUAACUACGCCCACCCCAUCAGUUACCAUGCUACCCAAUACAGUUCCAGCUGCUGGGCAGUGGAUGAUAUACUACGAUCCCAAAGAAACUAUCGAUAAUAUCAACGUUAAAAAUUCAAAUAUCAUCGACGCCUAUAAAAGAGCCUGUCUUGCCUUCGAAAGCAGUCUUGCUAUCGAUGUUACAUAUUUGGCCCUGAAGGGAAACAAUAAAACGGAUAACAAACAGGUUAAAAUAGCUGUGCCAACCACAUCCAAUAUUAGCGGAAAGUGUACUAACCUUGGUUAUUUUUCCGAUGAUAGUCACACAUCUCCAUCUUCCACGCUGCACGAAUGGCAAAACCUUAAAUUGACGUUUCCCGUUAAUAAUCUGCCUUGGUAUUUGGACAUUGAGUUUGAGACGCUUCACGCUCUAUCAACUGGCAAGACCACGGUCUUACCAAAUCAUUACGCUUUACGUUCAAUUCGAGUCUCAUACACCACCCAUUCUUUUAACGAUUCAGUGAAUCCAGCCUACAUCAACUUAUCAUUGAGAGAUGAGGCUUUGCUAAAUAUAUUGGCAGCUCGGUUUAACGAAACCUAUGUCUGCACCUCGGAAAACAAGAUCAAAUUUAACCCCAACUUAUCCUUGAGUCAUUCCAACACGAAAGUUCACCCUUUCAUACCCUACAAUUACAGCUUACCCGAUACUUACAAAAACCAAAGCCUGAAUGGGAGCGUUAACAUUGAAGCCUACUUUCAAGAUGUAUGGAUUUGUUACAAUGACAGAAUGAUUAGCGAUAAAGUGGCUAUAGCUGUUGGGUGCGCCUUAGCUGCUCUUAUAUGUGUCGUUUUAAUUGCCUACUUUAUUGCUAGAAGCCGGAGAAGCGGUUCUUGGGUCGGAAACAUCUUUAGGAGAGGAGGAUCUGAAAAUGCUGGAACUUAUCAACCUAUCGAUUAAGGGAAAUUUUAGGGAAGCGAUUUGAUUUUUAUACCUGGUCAUAAGCUCCAAAAAAUUACUUGGAUUAUAAAUUAAAACAAAUUUUGUCUUAUUGUGGACUUUUUUUUAUAUUUUGGCCCCUUCUAAUUUCAAUUUAUUAUUCAGAUUGAAUAACGGAAUAUGUUUUAUUAUUUUUUUUAGAUUAAUUACUUAGCGAAUAUAUUUAGUUUAUCAGAUAGGGCCUUAGUCAUAAAUAUUUAUCUAUAAGUCGUUGAAGAAAGAACAUUAAUUAUUUUAUUAUAAGAAUAAAGUUUUUUAACUAUAUAUUUUUUAAAUCAUGCACUCAAUCCCAUUAAAUAAGUCAGAUUAGUAUAAUAUUAAAAAAUAAAUUAUCUUGAUUUCAUUUAUUCAAAUUGAUGAUUUUUCAAAUAUUUUUAAAUUUGAUUUAAUCUACACUAUAAUAGUAAUAUUUAUAAUACACUGAAAAUGACGAUUUUCUUACCAUACCAGUGUAGUGUAGAUUUGUUGAAAACAUUAUCAUAUUUUUUAAUUUAUUUGCGAGUAAAAAUUACUUAACUUGUAAAAUUGUUAAAAUAACAAUGGAGAUGUUUUCCAGCAAAUCUGAACAACACUAUAAAGUUGGUUUAAAUAUCCUUUUAUGCUUUUAUUAAUAAUCCUGCAAAAUUAUUCAAAUAUUAUUUAUCAAUGCGCAGUUUAUAAAGUGAUUUUAUUUAUAUUUUGGUUUGUUUAUUACAUUUUAAAUUUAAAGGAUAAUUUAAGAUUUAUAUUAUUUGUUUAACAUAUUUAUACUAUAUUUUAUGAAAAUUCAAUAUUUACAUAUCUAA